UUGCCAUAGUUACAUUCCACUAGUCUGAUCACUUCCAUUCCCUUUGCUUCUUUUGAUUCCCCAUAAAUCCAAACCUUCUACCCUUCUGAUCAGAUCAUCAUAUUCAGUAUAUCCCGCUUGUAAAAAUCUUUCAUUCUCUCAUCAUCCUUCAUUCCAAAACAAAAAAAGUCUUUGCUUAUUCUUUCAAAGAUCAUGAAUAAUCCAAGAAAUGUUGAAGAUGUUAUCAAUGAUUUUAAAGCUAGAAGAUUAGGAAUAAUCAAAGCUUUAACCAAAGAUUUUGAAGAACUCUACCAAUUAUGUGAUCCUAAUCAACCAAAUUUAUGUUUAUAUGGGUUCCCUAAUCAACAAUGGGAAGUCAACUUACCUCCACCAUCGGACCUACCCGAACCAAGAUUAGGCAUCAAUUUUGUACGUGAUACCAUGUCCAAACAAGAUUGGUUGGCCAUGGUAGCGUUACAUAGUGAUGCAUGGUUGUACUCCCUAGCGUUAUAUUUUUGUACUAAGUUUAAUUUCGAUAAGACUGAUAAAAAACGUCUUUUUAGUAAAUUGAGCGAUUUUAACUCGAUAACUAAGAUUAUAGAUGGAUCAUCGAGGAAAAGGGGGAAAUCCGAAGAUGGUGGAUUACCUCAAGAAAUACUUUUUGAUGAAAUACUCGUAAGGCUUCCUGUUCGAGAUCUUCUCAAGUAUAGAAGUGUUUGUAAGACAUGGAGGUCUUUAAUUGAUGGUCUAGAGUUUGUUUAUGCCCAUCUAAAGAAUUAUAAGAACAAUUAUAAAGGAAAUCAUUUGUUGGUCAUUUCUGGUCCUAAGAGUAUGUGGUAUAUGCCUAGGGACCAAAUUAUGGUACGUCGAGGUGAUACGUUUAGAAAGGUAAUGGAACUUGAUUUUUUGGUUGCUCUUGAUGGAACUUAUGAUUUGAGUUAUGUUAAUGGGUUAAUUUUGGUUAAGAAGAGAAAUUAUAGGGGUUUUACUGGUAUUAGUUUGUGGAAUCCAUCCAUAAAAAGGUAUUUAUGUGUCCCUAAUUUUAAUUCUAUGGUUGAUACUAUGAAUGAUGCAACUUAUUUUGAACUUGGUUUAGGGUUUUAUUCUAAUUCUUGUCUAAAAGAUUAUAAGAUUAUUGUUAUUGUUUAUCCUAGUGCCGAGGUUAAGUAUAAUUUUGGUCAGCGUUAUCGUGCUACAGUUCCUGGUGUAGUACAUGUUUAUACAUUAAGUAGCAAUUCUUGGUGUAGUAUCCUUGGAGUUGGUCCUCCUUAUUGGAGUGUUGGGAAGCAAGUUUUAUACGACGGCGCGAUACAUUGGAUUAAUUUCGGACCAAAUAUCGUAGAGGAUGAUUUAUGGUAUAAGGAAAAAGAUUCAUACAUAGUAUCUUUUGAUGUUGAAAACGAAGUUUUCAAAUAUUUUGAGCUGCCUAGUGGUAUGAAAGAUGGCGAUGAGCCUAAAAAAAAGUUUCCAACCAUUUUGAGAGGAUCACUUGCGAUAUUUUGUGCUUAUUCGAAUUAUCGAAACGACAUAUGGGUGAUGAAAGAGUAUGGUGUACCGGGUUCAUGGAGUAAAUGUUACUCGUUUAAGCUUGUUUUGGAUGAUCUCUUGCAUUUCAACAAUAACGGAGAGUUGUUCUUUGUGGUGGAUAGGAAGGGAAUAAAAUCAUAUGAUGUGAAGAGUGAUAAGGUGAGAGAUCUUGCAAAAACUUAUUCUAGGUCUUGCACCUAUACUGUUUUUACUUAUGUGGAAAGCUUAGUUUUUUUUAAGAAUUAAAUAUAAUUUAUAAUCACAUAUGAGCCCUCUAAUCAAGGAUUAUUAUUAUUAUUAUUAUUAUUAUUAUUAUUAUUUUAUCUUUUGAAAUGUAUUUUUUUUUCUUGAUUUAAAAAAAAAAUAAUGGAUCAUUUCAUAGCAUAUAAACUUAUAAAGUACUACUUCUAUAAGUAUAUGAUAAUUUUGCUUGUUUGACCAAGAAUAAUUUAUGAAUAUUUUGUAUGAUAGUUUAUUAGAGCAAUAUUGGUGAUCAAUUGUUGCAAUCAUUUAGAGCAUGUUAGAAUAUUCAUUGUAAUUUUAAUAAUAUAAUGGGAUAAAAUAAGUAUUAAAAUUUAAUGUUUUAAGUUGUCAAAACAUAAAAGUAAGAACGAAAUGAAGCAAAACAUGACCAAAACAAGUUGUACUCGUACAAACACGUUUGUUUGCGUUGUUGUUUCACUUUUAACUGAUCUUUUCGUCAGUUAUUAGGAAUGAAAUCAAGAAUAAAGUUUAUAAAUAUAUACACGAGGAUUAAAACACACUUACAUACUUAGAAAUUCUGAAUUCUUGUAUAUUUUUCUCCAUUACUUAAUCGUAUAAAGUAUUUAAUUAACUCUUCAUAUUGUUUCUGAUUUUAUC